GAUAAUAUGAUUUUUGUUAUUUAAAAAAAAAAUCUUUAUAAUUUUAAAAGUUAACAUCGAUAAAUAUUUAAAUAUUUAACAUAUGAAGGUAUUGUAUUACAACAUUAGAUUAUAUCUAUUUAAUUUAUAUUAUCUAUAAAUCCAAUGAACCAUAUAUUCUUUAAAUCCAAUUAUUGAUAGCUCAAUAAAAAUUUCUGGUAGGUCUAAAAUUUAAAUGAUAAGAUUAUAGAUUAAAUGUAACAUGAUUUUCUAGGAAUAGGUCCAUUAAGUCCAUUUUUUAAAAAAAUCACACAUGAAUCAAAGUUGUGACUUCUGUUUUAAUAUAUAAGAUGCAAUUGCCGACAAAAAAAAUAAUAAUCUAACAUUCAGUUUAAUCACAAAAUACAUGGGAUCCACUUCGUCAGAAACUGAACCGGAUCACUUUCCAAGUCACCGGAUCAUCCGAUCAACCAUAGAUGAACCACAGAUUAAUAAAUAAAUAAAUUUUAUUAUAUAUUUAAUAUUAGUUAUGAGAAUAAAUAUAUACUUGAUUCUGACCCGUCUUUAAAUGGCGGAUAUAUUUUUUUGUUUUAUAUUUUUUAAAAAAUUUAAUUUUUAUUUGUGUUUUUAGUCAUAUUUAUGUUUUUCUUUAUAGAAUAUUUCUCUUAAAUAAUUAAUAAGAAAAUUUAAUAAUUGUAUUAAAAUAGUUGGACCAUACAUAUAUCAAUAGGUCAUGUUGUUGUUUUUAAAAAGUGAGAUUCUAUUUUUUUAUAAAACAUAAAAUAAUAAUUUGGAUAUCUAUAUAUUGUAUGUUUAAAAAAAUUUAGUAAAUAAUUAAUUUUAGUUUUUAUAUACUUAUUUUCAUUUGACAUAUAAAAUUUCAAAAAUAGUUUAGAUUAUUUAAAAAAAAAUUACAACAAGUUAAGAUUUAUGACAUCUAACAAAAAAUAUCAAAACUUAAAUUUUCAUAAAUAUUUGUACGUCUAUUGUGAAUAACAAAACUAAACUUCAAAUCAAAAUAAACCAAAAAUAAAACAUCAUUAGUAAAAUUGUCGAUAACAAAACUAAAAAACCUAAUUUCUUAAUUAAAAAGUAUACAAAACAGAUUUAAAAACAUAAUUAAAAUUAUAAAAAAAAAAAGUAAAAGUUAUCAGUUGGUUUAACCAGUGGUUCAACUAAUAACCGGAUUCUGGGUUUUUUGCGGGUUUUGUUAGUUUUUUAAAUAUUGUUUCUUUUCACAAAAUCCAAACUAAAAUUAUUUUAGGUCACUGGGUUUACCAGUUCAACCGCGGAUCCGGAUCGAAUUUCAAAACACUGACCACACAUAUUGUUCAACGCUUGCAGUGUGUAUUUCUAUGGGCACUUUAAAUUGCUAUUUUUUAAUGAAACAUAUUAUAAUUAAGAUUUAUACACAAAUAUUACAAAGAAAAAGACAAAUAUAAUUACAAAUAGAAACACAAAAAUGAAAAUUAAAUUCCUAAGAAAAUGUAAAAAAAAAAAUAUACCCAUACAAAAUAUGUAAAACAAAAAAUGUAAAACAAAAUGUAAAAUUAAAUUUUUAUGAAACCCAUUAAAAUUGGGCCAUGGACUUUGAUUUGCAUAACCCAUUUUUAAUUGCUAUACAAAUUAUUAUGUGUAAUAUUAUGUGUAAUAAUAAUGUAAUUAUAAUUAUAUACGAAUUUAAAUAAUUCUAAUUUUAUGAAAAACAUUUUUUUUAUUUAAUCUAUUUAUUUAUUACUGUUUUAUUACUAAACAAAAUUGUAACAAUACUUUGUUAUUUUUUUUAAAAAAAAUACUGUUUGAACUGAAAAUAAAGUACCAUAUUAAUGUGUUAAAAGGCUAUGGCAAAAAUGUAUAGUUUAACAAUAUAAUAAAUUCAAUACAAUUAUCAAAAUACUUUAAAAAAAAAUUACGCAAAUAUUAUCACAGAUAAAAACACAAAUAUGAUUACAAAAAAUACAUAUAUGAUACAAGGAAAGACACAAGUACAUACUUAUGAAACUUGAUUUAUUUAAUAUAUUUACAAAAAUUAUCUAUUCUAUUAAAUUCAUAUCAUACAAAAUAUGAUUAUACAAACACACAAACAUAUAAAUUAUAUUAGACAAAAAUUUUAAAAAUAAAAAAUAUACCCGCCCUCUCGAGGGCGGGUCAAUAUCUAGUUAGUUUAUUGAAAAUUUUAAAUAAUCCUAAAUGAACUAAAGCGUGUGUAAAUGUGACGUCUCAAAAAAAAGUAAUGUCUCAAGUAGUUCAUGCUGAUGGUGAUAAUGAUGAUACAAACAAAAGUCAUUCUUUAAGCUUUUUCUGAAAUGGGGUCCUAAUUUUCCAGUCUUAUCUACCUAUUAUCUGUCACAUAGAGCUGCUUCUUCUGCUUCUCUUCAUAGUUUCUCUAUACAAGAGUACAUCAGAAAAUCUGGUGAAUAGUGAGAAAUAAGAUGGGAAAAUACAAGUUCAAAAUUUCAGAUAUGAUCUCAAAUCCAUGGUUUCACAAGCUCAAAGACAUGACUAAGCAGUCUAAACCCAAAAGCAAACCUAUUUCUUCUUCAUCUUCCUCACACACUCAUAACAAGAAGAACCCCUCUUAUGCUCCUCCUCAGCAGUCUUCAACCUCUCAUUUUUCCAUCAGCUUAGUAGCUAAAAGUCCUCACCAUAACUCACCAAGAAACUCUCUUCACAGAAAAAGGAUGAGUGAAAGAAAGACACUUUACAAGCCAUCUCUUAAACCAAUCACUCCUUUAGGUUUUAACAAUAGCAAGAUCAACGGUCAAGAUUCAUCUCACUGUGCGUUUCCAGCUCUUGAAAAGUCCACAGAGUCUUCUGUGUAUAGUUUCUACCAAGAGGAAGACGAUGGAUUCGUUGAUCCUUCCAACUUCAAGGUGGACACAAAGAACAAAGCUUUCACCAAGUACAAGGCCAAAGGGUCUGGCUCCAUAGAGAAAGCUUGUCCUGCAAGUAACCUAACCAAGAAACCACUAAAAAGCCAUCUUUCUGUGAAGAUUAAUAAAGGGAAACAAGAAGAAGAUGAUGAAGCAUGCAGAGAGAAGAAAUACAAAAAGCAAGUUUCUAGUGGAAGAAACUCUUCUGCAGGAAUAAACCUCAGAAGAGUAAACUCACCUAGAAUUCAACUCUCAGGCACGCGUAGAAGCACGUCGAGAUCAGAGAGCAGACAACUUGUUCUUGAGAGUUAUGCGGUGAUGAAGCGUUCCGUUGAUCCAAAGAAAGAUUUCAGAGAAUCAAUGGUGGAGAUGAUAGAAGAGAACAACAUCAGAGCUUCAAAAGACUUGGAGGAUCUUCUUGCGUGUUACCUUUCCUUGAAUGCAAAGGAGUAUCAUGAUCUUAUCAUCCAGGUUUUCGAGCAAAUAUGGCGUCAACUUACAAAACACAUGUGAAAAAAACCCUCUUAAUGUAACGUUAACAUUAGUAUUAGUAUCAUUCUGUCUUGUGAAAUCUCAGUUUUAUGUAUUUGUUUUCCUUAUUUCUCUUUUAAUCAAUGGAACCACAUAAUUAAAGUAGA